AUGGUGCCUCUCAGUUCCUCGACUUUUCUGGAUGGGAAGCGAUCAAUCCCCUACACUACCACGGCAUUGAAAAGAUGGUCAUGCCUAAACAACAAUACGGAUUUACCAGGUGCUGCUGAUAUUAAGGCAAUCCACAUCUAUGAUUUUGAUAAUACUCUCUUUAGUAGUCCUUUACCAAACCCGCAAUUAUGGAAUGGGUAUACGAUUGGUUUCCUUCAGACUUAUGAAUCCUUCGCCAAUGGAGGUUGGUGGCAUGACCCCAAUAUAUUAUCUGCCACUGGUGAGGGGUUUGAUGUAGAAGAACCCCGAGCUUGGAAAGGGUGGUGGAAUGAGCAAGUUGUUGAACUUGUGGAGCUCAGCAUGAAGCAAAAAGAUGUCGUCACAGUUUUACUUACUGGCCGUGCUGAAAGUGCAUUUGCUGAUGUUAUAAAACGCAUUGUGAAAAGCAGAGAAUUAGAGUUUGACUUGGUCUGUCUUAAGCCUGAGAUUGGACCUAGCAACCAGCGGUUCCCCAGUACACUGAAUUUCAAACAAACGUUCCUUGAAGACCUGGUAUUUACUUACAAGAAUGCCGAGGAAAUCCGGAUCUAUGAAGACCGUAUCAAACAUGUUAAAGGAUUUCGAGACUUUUUUGAACAAUUCAACCUUCAAUUUAUCCCUCCUAACUCCAAUCCUAUCCGUAAAUCGAUUACAACUGAAGUUAUCCAUGUCACUGAAAGAACUAGAUAUCUAUCACCUUUUGAUGAGGCUGCCGAGGUGCAACGCAUGAUCAACUCUCACAAUGCGACCAUAGCUGCAUCGUCGAGAAAUACCACCAAAUCUCCGUAUGGCCGCCUCAAGAUAGACCGCCUCAUAUUCUAUACCGGAUAUAUGCUUACCAACGCCGAUUCAGAACGCCUGCUAAAAUAUCUGACCGUACCCGUACUUCCAGCUGGUCUUCUUGAGUCAGGCGACGUUAGGCUAAUGGCCAAUACGAUAUUAAUCACCCCACGCACAGCAUCGAAAAUGAUUCUUGACAGAGUAGGAGGACUUGGCAAAAAUAUACGUUGGCGGGUCACUGACACGGCAAUUUACGAAAACAAAAUAUGGGCUGCUAGAGUAGCGCCUCUAUCUGAUUCUGAUGAGAUCUACACCGACAACCAUGACCCCGUGAUUGUUCUCGCGUUGAGGAAAGGCGCUCGUCCUAUCGAUGUUGGGCGAAUCCGUACUUGGAGUUCGGUUUCAGAAGAGAAUGCUCUGGUAUUUGAUGCCACAGUUGGGGAAAAAUUGGUUUUGCGAGUGUGUGAAGAAAACCCAGAUGAUGCGGAUGUGGAUGGGUUAAACCCCGGCCGAGCAUCUAAACGCCGACAUAAGUAUGAUACACGCGAUAACGAAGAUGUCCCAGCGUAUCUAAGGGAUGGUACCCGGGAAACAGGCCGUUCUAGAGGUGGGUAUCCGAAUGAAUAUCCUAGACCACGCCAGGAACGAAAUCUGGGCGACGAAAGACCACUACGGAGCUUCAAUAACGAAGAUGACUCCCGUCGGGGGCAUCUCUCGAGUUAUCGCAGUGGCGGCCGUGGUCGUGCCGGCCGUGGGGGCCGGGGUGGAGGUCGAGGCCGAGGUCGCCCGCCUGCCGGCCGCGAUGGGGGUGGCUACGCUGGGUACCGAUCUUUAGACGAUUACCCACCUGGCAGGACAGGUUACGACGCUUCGGUUGACGAUAGAGGGGGACCAGGCAGUGGAAAUCCUAUCAUGAACUACUAA